UCUUUAUAAUAAGAGCGAAAAAAUACUGCAAGCAAGAUCGUUAAUGGCAGCAGCAGCGGCAGCGGCAGCAGCAGCAGCUCCACUCGCAUGCAAGCGAGCUCAGCUCUAUUGAAAAUCCCCAAAAUUCACGGCGACCAACCGUUUCCGCGUUGAUCAACGAACAGAUUCUCCCCAAGAACUCACGCUUCUUGCGCUGCUUCACUCACGCAGAUAGAGCCACAGAGAGAGAGAGAGAGAGAGAGAGAGAGAGAGAGAGAGGGGCCGCAUUGUAAGUUUCGGUGAUGGGGUCGGUGGGUAUCGUGAAGAAUCCUCUGAAGAGGAGCUUCGAGGAGAUGAACUCGUCGAACCCAGAAGCCAGUUCCUUCGCCGCCGCCGCUGAUCACUCUGUUCAUUUCACCCCCAGACGGUAUCAACAGGAAGUCUAUGAGGUUGCUUUGAGGAGGAACACAAUAGCUGUGCUGGAAACUGGCACCGGGAAGACGAUGAUCGCUGUGAUGUUAAUCAGGCAAUUUGGAGACGCCAUGAAGACUUCUGGUGACGGAAAGUUGAUCAUUUUCUUGGCUCCCACCGUUAAUCUCGUGAAUCAGCAAUUUGCUGUUAUAAGGGACUAUACCAAUCUUCGAGUGGGUGAAUACUUUGGAGCAAAGGGAAUUGAUGAAUGGAAUGCAGCAAGUUGGAAGAAGGAAUUCAACGAGCAUGAUGUGCUGGUGAUGACACCGCAGAUCUUAUUAGAUACCUUGAGAAAAGCAUUCCUGAGUCUUGAAGAGCUCUGCUUGCUAAUACUCGAUGAGUGCCACCGAGCUACAGGGAACCAUCCUUAUGUGAGAAUAAUGAAGGAAUUUUACUGCAAAUCUUCUAACAAUCCAAAGAUUUUUGGGAUGACAGCCUCACCUGUUGUUUCUAAAGGUGCAUCCUCAGCGGCAAGGUGUGAAGGUCAGAUGGCAGAACUUGAAAACGUCUUGGAUUCUCAGGUAUACACUGUUGAGGACAGAGCUGAGAUGGAAACAUAUGUUCCCUCUGCGAAGGAAACUUGUAGGUUUUAUGACAUAUUUGAGUCUCUGAGCAGUGAUUUGAAGGAGAAAAUGGAAGCUGUAUUUUCCAAGUACGAUGUUUCAUUGUUGAGGAUGCUAGAUUCAGGGGAAAGCCAUUACAAGGACAUGGAAGAGAAACUUAAGACACUCAGGAAACGACUGUCCUGUGAGCACGCAAAGAUCAUGUUCUGUCUCAAUGAUCUCGGUCUGAUUUGUGCUUAUGAGGCGGUAAAAUACUAUCUGGAGAAUGCCCCCAAUGCCCAGGAAAAUGGAAUUUGCAGAGAGAGUUCUUUACAGCGUAAAUUGUACUUAGAAGAAGUCCUGAACAUAAUAGGAGACUCCUUGCACAUUGGCAACAAGAAUUCUCCGGAGCUUAUUUCAGACUAUCUGGAAGCAGUAAAGUUGGGUCACAUAUCCCCGAAGUUGCAUGAACUUCUUCUGAUAUUUCAGUCAUUCGGAGAAGCCGAACAAGUUCUUUGCCUUAUAUUUGUUGAGAAAAAAAUUACAGCGAAAGUAAUUGAUCGAUUUAUGAAUAAAGUGGAGGCGUUGUCUCAUUUCACUGCUCGGUAUUUGACUGGGACCAGUACGUCAUUUGAUUCCCUGGCACCCAAAGAGCAAAAGGAAGUCUUGAAAACUUUUCGCUCUGGGAAGGUCAACCUAUUAUUUGCAACUGAUGUAGUUGAGGAGGGGCUUGAUGUGCCCAUGUGCUCCUAUGUGAUACGCUUGGAUCUUCCAAAGUCAGUCCGUAGUUAUAUCCAGUCACGUGGACGGGCGCGGCAAGAUAAUUCACAAUAUAUCAUGAUGGUUGAGAGGGGAAAUGUGAAGCAGAGGGACCAAUUGUUUGAUAUCAUCAGGAGCGAGUAUUCCAUGAAUGAUACAGCACUAAAUAGAGACCCCUGCAUGUACACAUCGAAAGCAUGCACUUUCGAGGAGGAAAAGGAUACGUAUGUUGUUGAUGCUACUGGAGCUUCAGUUAGCACAGAUUCGAGUAUUAGUCUCAUUUAUCGAUACUGCGAGAAGCUCCCUCGUGAUAAGUACUUCUUGCCAAAGCCAGAGUUCCAGUUCACGUCUUCUGAGGGGUGUUGUCAGUGCACUCUGACUCUACCUCCUAAUGCAGCCUUUCAAACAAUAGUCGGUCCCUUGAGCAGGAGUUCUCACUCAGCAAAGCAGCGAGUCUGCUUGGAAGCUUGUAAGAAGCUGCACCAAAUGGAUGCUCUGGACGACCACCUUAUACCAUUGGUAGAAGUGUCCCCGGUAAAGAAUCUCCUUCCGAAAAGCAAAGAAUUCGCUCCGGGUGCAGGGACGACGAAAAGGAAAGAACUUCACGGAACGACAACUAUAUGUGCUCUAUCAGGAACAUGGAGAGAAAAAACUGAUGGUGCUUCUUUUCAAGCCUAUAAGUUUGACUUCUCAUGCAGCCCAGUAGAUGUAGUUUAUUCUGGAUUUAUUCUCCUGCUCGAGUCAAAACUUGACGAUGAUGUCGGUAAUAUCGAAGUGGAUCUUUACUUACUUUCGAAGAUGGUGAAGUCUUCUGUUUGUUCAUGUGGGCCAGUGCACUUGGAUCCACAACAGAUGAUGAAAGCCAAACGCUUUCAGGAAUUUUUCUUCAACGGUAUGUUCGGUAGGUUGUUUGUUGGCCCCAAGUCAACCAAAAAGCCACGACAGUUUGUUCUGCAAAAUGGAACCGAAUCACUAUGGAGCCCUUCAUACAUGUACCUGCUACUUCCCAUCAACACUGCAGAGGUUCAGGGUGAUGAUCCAUGGAAAAUAAACUGGCAAGCCAUAAACUCCUGUACCUCUGUUGUUGAGUUCUUGAAGCACCAUUCGUUGGGCACACGUACUAAAGAUGAGAUACUAAAGGCAUACUCUGAUAAGAGCGAUGUAGAUGGAGAGACAGAGCCUGAUGAGACAAAACUCCACUUUGCAAAUGGCUUGUUUGAUUCCAACAGCCUUAAGGAUAUGGUAGUUGUGGCGAUACACACGGGAAGGAUCUACUCAGUCCUUCAAGUGAUUCAGGAGAUGAAUGCUGAGAGCCCUUUUGAGGAGAGUAAAGGCUCCAAAAAGCCGUCUUUUACGAGUCAUGCUGAUUACUUCUAUAAAAAGUAUGGUAUCGUGUUAAGAUAUCCUAAGCAGCAGUUAUUACGGUUGAAGCACAGCCAUAACCCGCACAACCUUCUGGUGGAUUUCCAUGACGUGGUUGCUAAGAUAUCCGAAGGUGGUCCAGUUAUUAAAAAGCCAGUGGACCAUGCUUUUAUGCCGCCUGAACUUUUACACACUCUGGAUGUACCGAUCACUGUUCUGCGGACUUGUUACUUGCUGCCGUCUCUUAUGCACCGACUCGAAUCCCUCAUGUUGGCGAGUCAGCUCAGAGGAGAGAUUAAUUGUCAGGCUAACGACUUCUAUAUCUCGAGCUCUUUGAUUCUUGAAGCAAUCACGGCGCUUCGGUGCAACGAGAAAUUUUCCAUGGAGCGCUUGGAGUUGCUUGGGGACUCAGUUCUUAAGUACACGAUAAGUUGCCACCUCUUUCUCAAGUAUCCCAAGAAGCACGAGGGGCAGUUAUCAAGGCGGAGAUCUGAGGCUGUCUCGAAUGCAACCCUGCACAAACGUGGGACUUCUCGUAAAAUACAGGGCUACAUACGAGAUUGCCCAUUUGAUCCCCGACGAUGGGUAGCCCCAGCGCAGCUGACCCGGUGCCCAGAGCCUUGUCAGUGCGGCGUGGACUCAUCUGAAGUCCCCCUUGACCCAAAGUUCCAGACUGUCAACCCGAAAAUCAAGCUUGGGAAGCUGUGCGAUCAGGGCCACAGGUGGUUGAUUUCGAAGACUAUCUCCGACUGCCUUGAGGCACUCAUCGGAGCAUACUAUGUUGCUGGGGGAUUGGUCGGGGCCCUCCACCUGAUGAAGUGGUUUGGGAUGGAGGUUGAGCUCGAUCCCUCAUCUGUGGUUGAAGCUAUCAACAGUGCCUCUCUGCACUCCAGUGUCCCGAAGACUGCCAAUGAGAUUGCAGCUCUGGAGUCGAAGAUCGGGUAUGAGUUUUUCGUCAAAGGGCUCCUGCUGGAAGCCAUUACACAUCCCUCCUGCCAAGAGGAAGGGCUUGGGUAUUGCUAUCAGAGACUGGAGUUUCUCGGCGACUCAGUGUUGGACAUUCUCAUCACUUGGCAUCUGUAUCAAUCGCACACGAAUGUUGACCCUGGGGAGUUGACUGACUUGAGGUCGGCUUCAGUCAACAAUGAAAGUUUUGCACAAACAGCUGUUAAGCACAACCUCGAAGUGCAUCUUCAGCAAAGCUCAAGUCUACUUCUGACACAGAUAAAAGAGUAUGUGGACUUGUGCCGUGGAACUGAUGAUGACACGAGAUUGCUUCAAGGCUCAAAGGGCCCAAAGGCUCUGGGGGACAUGGUGGAAAGUAUUGCUGGUGCAAUUCUAAUAGACACAAAGCUGAAUCUUGAUGAAGUAUGGAGGAUAUUCAAGCCUCUCUUAUCUCCAAUCGUGACCCCCGAUAAGCUUGAGCUACCCCCUCUCCGUGAGCUGAAUGAACUCUGCGACCAUCUUGGGUAUUUCAUCAAGGAGAAAUGCGUGACUAAAGAAGAGAUUGUGCAUGCGGAGAUCAGUUUGCAGCUGAAAGACGAUCUUCUCAUAGGGCAAGGGAACGACCGAAGUAGGAAGGAGGCCAGAGGAAAAGCCGCUCUCCGUGUACUGAAGAAACUCGAGUUGUGCUAUGUGGAGCAGGAUAAAGGAAUAAUGUGCUCUCGGGUCUUGAGAAAGAGGAAAGAAGGUUCUGAUCAUGCUGAUGAAGCAAUUGACUUAAAAUCAGCAGCGGGCGUCAACGGUGAAAGAAUGGAAGAAUGGUCUCGGGAUCCAGCAGAUUCCACAAAACGGAGAAAGAUUGAGAGUCGACCAUCGGGAGGUGAGAAUAAUGGAGUUAAUGCUUCGGCUGAUCCCGGUCCAAAGAAGGUGGACCCAGAUCUUCCAACACCUGUUGUGGGGCCGAUCGAUAUGAAGAAAGGUGGGCCCAGAACCACUCUUUACCAGCUCUGCAAGAAGCAGCAGUGGCCAAUGCCGGAAUUUGAAACAGAUGAAGAAAAGUUCAGAACUGCAGUAGAGUUUGAUGAUGGAGCGGAGAAGAGAAAGGGGUUCAGCAGCUUCAAGUCAAGAAUCAGCCUAUACAUCCCCAACCAUGGAAGCAUCGAAUGCUCUGGGGAUGCCAGGGCCGACAAGAAGAGCUCAUAUGACUCCGCUGCUCUCGCAAUCCUUCACGAGCUUGAGAAGCAAGGAAGAAUUAUCAUCAGUGAAUAGGAGAUUAGGAAAAUCCAACAGGUUAAAUUUUCUCCUAACCUGGAGAAAAAUGUUCUCUCCUCUUCUGACGUCUGUAAUGUUAGGAUUGGAUCGACAUAAUUAUAUAUGUCGAGGGUUGAAGAAAUGAAUAAAUGAACUUGAGAAUUGAAGUGUUGCGGUGUA